AUGACCCUGAGCGCGGAGAUGCCCGGCCCCGCGGAGGACACCGACAUCGACGUGGUGGGGGAGGGCGGGGACGGCGGCGACGACGACGAGGACGGCGAGGGCAGCGGCGCCGAGGCCCCCCCGGGGCCCGGGCGGCGGCGGCGGCGCUCCUACGGCGGGGAGGACGAGCUGGAGGACGAGGACGACGACGACGACGACGCGCCCCUGGCCGCGCGCCCCGCGCCCCCCGCGCCCCCCGCGCCCCCCGCGCCCCCGGGCCCCGCGACGACUGCGGGCGCGGCGGGCGCGGCGGGCGCCGGGGGCGCGGGGGGCGCGGCGGGCGCGGGGGGCGCGGCGGCGCGGAGCCCGCUGGUGAAGCCGCCCUACUCGUACAUCGCGCUCAUCACCAUGGCCAUCCUGCAGAGCCCCAAGAAGCGGCUGACGCUGAGCGAGAUCUGCGAGUUCAUCAGCGGCCGCUUCCCCUACUACCGGGAGAAGUUCCCCGCCUGGCAGAACAGCAUCCGCCACAACCUGUCGCUCAACGACUGCUUCGUCAAGGUGCCGCGCGAGCCGGGCAACCCGGGCAAGGGCAACUACUGGACGCUGGACCCCGAGUCGGCCGACAUGUUCGACAACGGCAGCUUCCUGCGGCGGAGGAAGCGCUUCAAGCGGCAGCCGCUGCUCCCGCCCCACGAGGCGCUGCUGCUGCGCGGGGCGGCGGGCGCGGGCGCGGCGGGCGCGGGGCCGGGGGCCGGGGCCGGGGCCGGGGCCGGGGCCGGGGCCGGGCCCGGGGCCGCGCUCUUCCCGCCCGCGCCGCCGCCGCCGCCCCCCUGCGGCUACGGGCCCUACGGCUGCGGCUUCGGCCUGCAGCUGCCGCCCUACGCGCCGCCCGCCGCGCUCUUCGCCGCCUUCCACCCGCACUCGCCGCCGCCGCCCCGCGCGCCCGCCUUCGGGUACCGGCCGCACCCGCUGGGCGCCGCCCUGCCCGCCCCGCCCGCCCCGCUGCGGGCCCCGGCCGCCAAGGCGCUGGCGCGCUCGCCCUUCUCCAUCGAGAGCAUCAUCGGCCGCAGCCUGGGCCCGGCCGCCGCGCAAGCCGUGCAGGCCUCGCCCGCGCCGGGACCCGCGCCCGCACCCGCGCCCGGACCCGCGCCCGCGCCCGCGCCCGCCCCCGCGCCCGCCCCCGGCGGCGCCCAGGCUGCGGGGGGCCCUGCCGCCGCGCUCACCCGCUCGCUCGCGGCCGCCGCAGCCUCCUCCGUGUCCUCGUCCGCCGCCCUGGGGACCCUGCACCCGGCCGCGGCCCUGCCCGGCGGCGACAGCUUGACCGCCCGCGUCUCUAACUGUUAAGGCCGCCCGGUCAGGGCGCUCGGCAGCGCGCAGGUCAAAGUCACUGCAAGAAAUCAGAAAUUGCUUCUAAAUGUUGACAAUAAAAUAAGCUACUUUAAUAGACAUUUUCAGACUUCUGUUCCAUUUUGAAGAGCACUGGGGCUGUUAAAAUUGAUGCCACAGUCACCCUCAGAUAUUUUUGCAGAACUUUUAAUUUUAUUUCUGAGUUUCCCACUUUAACUUUCACUUCCUUUUGAGCACAAUAUUGUAUCUGUAAAAAUUCUCCAGCCUGACAGUUAUAUUGUAAUGAAAGCAGCAUGAGCAAAUAGGCAAUCUUUAGUCUUUGCAAAUUUAAUAGAUACAAGUAGCUUUGAAGUCCUGCAUAAUAUUUACCUGUGUAAAAUAAACUUUAUUUGAAAGCUCUAGUA